GUUUAAUUGCAAGAAACCUUUUGAGUGGCAUGAAGACUUGUUGGGAGGUUUUUCAGUACAUGAAUCACUUUGGCAGCAAGAAUUCUGGCCAAGCAGGCGAUGCUGCAAACUCGCUUGUUGAAGGCUACUCUAAGGGUAAUAAUGAAGCUAGAAGGAGGUCUAGAUUUUUACGGAGGAGGGGUAGAGUUCGUCGUUUAAAGUAUACUUGGAAGUCUGCUGCUUACCAUUCAAUCAGAAAACGUAUUACCGAGAGAAAAGAUCAGCCAUGCAGGCAAUAUAAUCCAUGCAAUUGCCAAACAGCUUGUGGGAAGCAGUGCAGCUGUCUUCUUAAUGGGACUUGCUGUGAAAAGUACUGUGGAUGUCCUAAGAGUUGCAAGAACCGAUUUAGAGGCUGUCAUUGUGCUAAAAGUCAAUGCCGAAGUCGUCAAUGCCCUUGCUUUGCUGCUGACAGGGAAUGUGAUCCAGAUGUUUGUAGGAACUGUUGGGUCAGUUGCGGAGAUGGUUCUCUUGGGGUUCCCAACCAAAGAGGUGACAAUUACGAAUGUAGAAAUAUGAAGCUUCUUCUCAAACAACAACAGAGGGUGUUACUUGGAAGAUCUGAUGUAUCUGGCUGGGGAGCUUUCUUGAAGAAUAGCGUUGGCAAGCAUGAGUACCUUGGCGAGUACACUGGAGAGUUGAUAUCACAUAGAGAAGCGGAUAAGCGUGGGAAGAUAUAUGACCGUGAAAAUUCAUCAUUUCUUUUCAAUUUAAAUGAUCAGUUUGUUCUUGAUGCUUAUAGAAAGGGUGAUAAAUUGAAGUUUGCCAACCAUGCUCCAGACCCAAAUUGCUAUGCAAAGGUCAUUAUGGUUGCCGGUGAUCAUAGAGUUGGUAUAUUUGCCAAGGAACGAAUUAGUGCAGGAGAGGAACUCUUUUAUGAUUAUCGUUACGAGCCAGAUAGAGCUCCUGCUUGGGCUCGGAAGCCUGAGGCACCGGGGUCAAAAAAGGAGGAUGGCGGCCCUUCGAGUGGCCGUGCUAAGAAGCUUGCUUAACCAGACGAUUUACUUAAAUCUUGGAUUCACAAUUUUUUGUUAUUCUUUUACAGGUAGAAAGAAGCAUCAUUCUCAUUGACUUAGAAGGCACAUUCUUCAUCAUUUUGUCACGGGAGAGGCCAUUGCUUCUCAAUAGAGAAUUGAAAUUUCAUUUAACGAUUCAUGUUUUCCUUCAAAGCCAAUUUGUAUUUGGAAAAAGCCGGAAAAGGGUACAAGAUUUGUGGAUCGAAUAUAUAUAACUUCACAUGUUGAUAUACUCAAGACAGACAAGUACCACUUAAUGAAGUUUUUUCUAACCGAAUUAUGAUCAAGGUCCACUUGAAUGUCUUUUCCGCCUUUUUGGCUCACCUAACAUACUUGCUAUUGAGAGAAAAAGAUAAAUAUUUCGUUCAAUAAUCGGAUUACUCGCCAGAGGCCAACCAACUCUAAAUCAAACGUCUGAAUUCUUGACAACGCCUGGAGUCACUUACGCUAAGUGCUUUUUAUGAGACGGAUAGAUAGAUAUAUAAGUAAGCAAAGUCUUCAAUACGACACUUGGACCAAUAAGGCAUUUGUAAUGUUUUUUGUAUGC